UGAGAGGUGGGUGGUGAUUUCAGAUGAAGCCUGAAAGCAGAGGCUCCUCCUGUUAGUAUCUCAGAGGAUGUGUGAACAGAGACAUUCAACACAUCAGCUUCACACUAUAUGUAUAUACUGAGUACAACAAACCACAACCAAGAGAAGAAGAGGAGGUCUGACUGAUGAGGAAACUCAGCUCUUGUCUGGUUAUCAUUUCUGCUCAAGGAUGGACAGCGACGAUAGGAAGCCAAAGACCUAUGUGUCAACUUUCCGGCUGGCCCUCAAGCCUAAAGCCAGACCUUUCUGUGUGGAGAAGCAGAAAAAGGAUGGACUGGAUACCACUAAAAGGACGUUAAUGGGAAACGACAAACUGCAAGUCUCAUCUGCAACAGUCUCCAGGCUGACUGUCCAGGCGGUGGACUCGCCUCACUUCAAGCAACCUCUCGGCGACUGUACCGUCACUGUUUGUGAAGGAAAUGAUGCUGCUUUUCAAGGUGUUAUCACAGGAAGUCGGCCUCUGAGAGUUUCCUGGCAACACAAUGGUGAGAGGGUGCCUUCAAAUAAUACUUCCUUUAAAAAAAGUGAUGCCAGCCUGGCUCUGACUCAGUGUUCACCUGAAGAUGAUGAGACAUAUACUUGCGUAGCUGAGAACACUGCUGGGAAACAGUCAAGCAGUGCUGUGCCACAUAUCACAGCAACAAAGGAAAUCCCCAGAACAAGCAAACACGAGCUUCACAGCAAGGUCACAUUCAAGGUGGUGUCUCCUGAAAACACCCAGCUGUCCUCAGCCUCUAAAGAUAAAAGCCAACACAGAGAAGAAGAAGACAAAGAUAUCACAGACCGUCAAACAAAAGUCUCCACUAGCAAAGGACCUCCUGUUGAGUUUCUAGACCCACCAGAGAAGGUGGAGGUUCGUGUAGGAGAGCAGGCCCGGCUACACUGUGAGUUCAGGAGCAGCUCUGUUCCUGUCGCAUGCUGUUGGAUUUACAACAAAGACAAGGUAGUAGUAGGAGGGCCGAGGAUGUCUGUCAGGAGCAGUGAGACACAGAGCGAUGUGGAGGUCUCUCAGGCCUGUCCAGCCGACACAGGCUCGUACACAGUCAUAGUACGAAACAGAAAAGGCUCUGCCCAGCAUACAGUCUCCCUCAGUGUCAUAGACCGACCUGACCCACCAGCAUCCCAACCCGUUGUUUCCCAGCUGUCCCGUCAGUCCCUGGUCCUGUCCUGGACGGGUCCCAGCUAUGACGGAGGCACAGCCGUGUUGGGCUACAUCGUGGAGGUCAGACAAGAGGGCCUGGACGAGCCUGGUAGCUGGACUGAAGUAAUAAGCCGUUGUAAAAACACAUCCUACCACGUCCGCUCAGGUCUCGAGCCUCAGGGGCAGUACUGCUUCCGUGUCAGAGCCUACAACUCAGCAGGGGUCGGCGAACCAAGCCACGAGUCUGAGUGUAUCAAGAUGGCAACUGCAAAGGAAAAGAAGAAAGCGCCUGAGUCGUACAUCACGGUGACCAUUGACACCAAGCACAAGGUCAAGGACCACUACAGUGUGCAUGAGAAGCUGGGAGUUGGGAAGUUUGGCCAAGUGUUCCGGUUGUCCCACAAAGAGACGGGUCAGGUGUGUGCGGGUAAGUUCUACCGCGCCCGAACCUCCAAGGAGAGGGACGCAGCUCGUAAAGAGAUCGAGCUAAUGAACUGUCUUCACCACCCAAAACUGGUCCAGUGUCUGGCUGCCUACGACACACGCUCAGAGAUGGUCAUGGUCAUGGAGUAUAUUGCAGGUGGGGAGCUUUUUGAACGCAUCGUGGAUGACAACUUUGAGCACACAGAGCCCACCAGUGCCCGCUACAUGCAGCAGAUCCUGGAGGCCAUGCAGUACGUCCACAAACAGAAUAUCGUCCACCUGGACCUCAAACCAGAGAACAUCGUCUGUGUGGAUACAACUGGUACACGGAUCAAGAUCAUUGACUUUGGCUUGGCUAGUAAACUGGAGGAGCAUAAACCUCUCAUGGUGAUGCAUGGUACGCCGGAGUUUGUGGCCCCUGAGGUGAUCAACUAUGAGCCUGUGGGCCUGGAGACGGACAUGUGGAGCAUUGGAGUCAUCUGCUUCAUUUUGCUCAGUGGAGAAUCUCCCUUCCAGGGGAACAGCGAUGCUGAGACUCUUGCUCUUGUGACUACUGCCUGCUAUGAGUUUGACCAGGAGAGUUUUGAGGACAUCUCUGAUCAAGCUAAAGACUUUAUCAGCUCCCUGCUGAAAAAAGACCGGAGAUGCAGAUUGUCAUGUGCCGGGGCCCUCGCCCACCCCUGGAUGGUCUCUUUUACCCCUAUGACCCGCAGACCCACUAAGUCCCUCAAUAAGGGGAAGAUGAAACGCUUUUUGGCCAAGCGCAAGUGGAAGAAAACUGGCAAGGCUGUUUUGGCCCUACAGCGGAUGGCUAACCUCUCUAACAGGCCAGACUCUCCUGGCAGCUCCUCAGAGGAGCCAGGCUGGAGCCAAGAGGCAGAGGAGGCCAUCCAGUCGUUGGAUAAACAGCUUCAGAGUGAACCUCGCUUCCAGCAGGCCCUGAAGGACACCACCCUUCCCAAAGGAGCAACAGCUCAGCUAACAUGCCUUGUCAAUGGUUACCCAAAGCCGGAGGUGAAGUGGCUUCAGAAUGACAAGCCGGUGUCUGAAUCUCGCAGAGUGAACAUGGCACAACAUGAAGACGGGCUCUGUUCUCUGGUUGUGGCUGAUUUGGAGCCUUCUGACUCUGGAGUUUAUGUGUGCAGGGCCAGCAACAAGAUUGGGGAAGCAAUGUGCUCUGCCAAACUGAAAGUGGGGAUGUGACUGUGAAGAACACCAGUGGAGGCAACCACUUAAGAUUUUUGUCAUUUGGAAGGAAAGGAGGAGACUAAUUUCAGUGAUGAUGAAUGAAGCCUGGACAUGUCAGUAUGGGUGGACGGUUAUUCACUGCCGCAUGAAAGGCUGCUUACACAUAAUUUCAAGGCAAAAAGGGGUGUACUGUGGUCUUGGUGAUAGUAAGGUUUGGACACACACAGAGCCCUUUGUUUCACAAGUCACCAGAGCACUUACUAAGUCUGCAUUCUUUUUUUAAUGUUCAAUUACCAAUGCACAAGGUUUUGUUGUACUGAAAGAAAGUAAUAUCAUGAUACAGGGGCUGAACUCAACAUCAUACAGGUCACAUAAAAAAAUGUACAUUUUGCACAUACACACACAUACAUACUAAUGUCAUUCAUAUGUAAAUGUUUUAAAGACAUUGAAAUUAAAGGCUGAAUUUUAGAAAAAGAAA